UUACAAGUGCUUCCUGCUUGCACUGAAGAUGAGAAACUGCUAAUAGAUAUCAUACAUUUUUUAAAUAAGUUAAUGAAGGAGCAAAGAAAAAAUUCACCAGUAGAACUCCUAAAUUGGAUUCUAGAAUUACUUCUUAGACAUAGUCCAAACCCACUAUUAGACCUGCUGGUUCUGACAGAGACACAGGCACGAGAAGAAACAGAUGAUAUCCGGACUGCUGUCAGGCAACAACUUCAGAAAGAACUGAAUGCCCUUUUUAAUACCUUACUGCUCAGUUUCGUAGAAGUUACUGACAGGAAAUGCUUGGAACUUCUUUACGUUUUCCAAACACAAUUGGCUCUGAAACUGCUCCAGUGUCUGAGAGUCACAGAUGCCCCACAUUUCUAUGGCCUGCCUUCCCUUGAGCGGACCUUACGGGGAAUGGCUCACCUCACUGCAUUUCCAGGAUGGAGCUCGCAUUCUCCCCUAACAAAGCCACUGGACAUUUGUGUGAAGUACUUGUCAGGUCUCCUCGAAGUCAUUACUUCCUUCUAUGUGGAGCGUGGAGGAAAUGCUAUGUCUUUCAUGGGAAAAGGUGUUACCAAGAGCACAAUUCUUUGCUUGCUUCACUUGUCUCACGAGAUGAUGGCCCAAUCUGCGAGCUCGGAGUGGAUGUCACUUUGGUUCUUGCCUUUGGGUAGUCAUAAUGAAGAACAUACUUCUACUCAACAAGGAUUGGCUUGGUUGAUUCCAUUAUGGGUCGAUCGGGACCCAGAGGUGAGAUUCACUUCACUGGCAUUAGGAGCAGCACUGACCACCGUUGAAACUGGCUGUGUGGCCUUAGCAAACAGUUGUCAGAAUAUUUCUGGUGGACUCUGGGGAACUGUGGUGAACAUUCUCCUGGACCAGUGGGAAUGUAGUAUGGUGCGCCGGGAGGCUGCAUUUAUUUUUCAGAAUCUCCUUGUAAUACCAAUGCCUACAGAAAUUGUAAAGGAUUAUACUUGGCAGGGCCCCUGUGUCCAUGAUGAGGACUCUGGCCUGUCACUUAUAGGAAAACCUGCCCUUCAGGCUCUUUUAUAUCACUGCCGUUUUUACGAACACUUGAAUCAGAUGGUAAAACAUUGUUACCUAGGAUUGUAUUUGUUUGAUUUGAAUUUUCCUGCUUUUGUUGGAACUUCAGAAGGCAAUGAUUUAAAUGGUUUAGAUGACUCAUUCAAGUUUUGGAGGGCUCCAUCUAGGAUAUUCAGUCAUGAUCGAGAUCCAAGUUCUCUCUCUACCUCAGAAACAAUGGUGGCACCUUCACUGGGGAGUGCUGAAUUUCAACCACUUGUGCCAUCAACAACACUUCUAUCUGAAGCCUCACAUGACCAGUUUGUGGCUGAAGGUCAGCAUGAAACUACAUCACCACGGACUCCUCAUGAUUCAUCCCUUUCUGCUCCCCUGCCCAAACAGUGUGUCCUUGUUACUCCAUCUCUUCUUUCAGCAGUGUGCGGCCUCUUAGACAAUCUCUUGGUGAUUGCUUCAAGAGACACUGCAGAUGCUUUUCGACAAGCCCAUCUCAUUGAGCUUCUCUGUAGCAUUGCAAAUGUUACCUUCAUCCAGAAAGGUGUCCAGGAACUCAAGACCCCACUGCCUUCAUCACCUCCAGUUGAGCACACUCAGGCUCAGGUUUCCUUUCUCCUGGAAUACUUAUCCUCUUUGUCUAGACUCCUGCAGUCGUGUUUAUUGGUGGAUCCUGACCUUGUGAUUCAGGAAGAGCUUCUGAAACCUCUUAUUACUAAUAUCAUUGGAGUUCUCACCAUGUGCACUAAAGAUGUGUUAGAUGUAGAGUUAAUAUCAACUUUUUAUCACACAUGGACACAUCUGUUUAAUCUUCUGGCCACACUCCUGAGGAAAGCUGCUGCCGUCUCUCUCCCAUCUAUCACCAUGGCUUUGGCCAAGCACUGGGCGGCAGUGAUUGAUAUGUUCUGCAAAUGUGCGAGCUUGUCUAUCACAUGCCCUACCCUGUAUUCUGCCAGCCUGCAGUUCCUUUCUAUUCUCUUGACUGAAGAAGCGAAAAGGCAUCUUCAGGAGAAGGGCAAAACAAGUUUAUGCUACAGUCCGACAAUGGCUUCACUUCUUGAUAAAACUCAGGAAAAUCAGAAUUCUCUAGAACAACUUAAUGAAGUAAUUCUUCAGUGCUAUGAAGGAAAAUCCUCCAAAGAUCUUCUGAAAGGAGUUGCUGCAAAUGCAUUGAUGUCACUUCUGGCUGUCAGUAGAAGAGCACAGAAACAUGCUUUGAAAGCCGGUCUCAUAGACAACUGCGUGGAGCAGAUGAAGCACAUUAAUGCACAACUGAACCUGGACACUCUGAGGCCUGGGAAAGCAGCAUUGAGAAAAAAGGAGGAUGGUGUUAUUAAAGAGUUAAGCAUAGCCAUGCAGCUCCUAAGAAACUGUCUCUAUCAAAAUGAAGACUGUAAAAAAGCUACUCUGAGAGCUCAUCUUGUCCCUGUCUUACACUCUCUCUGGCCUUGGCUUUUGAUGGAUGACUCACUGAUGCAAAUUGCCCUGCAGCUACUUUGUGUUUAUACUGCAAAUUUUCCAAAUGGCUGCAGUUCUCUGUGCUGGUCAAGUUGUGGACAAUACCCUGCUCAAGCUGUACACAGAGGUGCUCCCAGCAGCUCUCUGAUGCUGUGCAUCCUCAAGUUGGCUUCUCAGAUGCCCCUGGAGAACACCACAGUGCAGCAGAUGGUUUUUAUGUUUCUCUCCAACCUGGCCUUGUCUCAUGACUGCAAAGGAGUAAUUCAGAAGAGCAACUUCUUACAAAACUUCCUGUCUCUAACAUUGCCAAAAGGAGGAAAUAAACAUCUCAGUAAUCUAACCAUCCUGUGGUUGAAGUUGCUCCUGAACAUAUCAUUUCAAGAAGAUGGGCAACAAAUGAUUCUGCGGCUUGAUGGCUGUUUAGACCUACUAACUGAGAUGAGCAGAUACAAGCAUCGGAGUAACCCUGUGUUACCUCUUCUUAUUUUUCAUAAUAUUUGCUUCAGUCCUGCUAAUAAACCCAAAAUCCUGGCUAAUGAAAAAGUUAUUACUGUGCUAGCUGCCUGUCUGGAAAGCGAGAAUCCAAAUGCUCAGAGGAUUGGAGCAGCUGCACUUUGGGCUUUGAUUUACAAUUAUCAGAAGGCAAAAACAACUUUGAGAAAUCCAUCAAUAAAAAGAAGAGUGGAUGAAGCAUAUUCCUUAGCAAAGAAAACUUUCACAAAUUCAGAAGAAAACCCUCUAAAUGCCUACUAUCUGAAAUGUCUUGAAAACCUUGUGCAGCUCCUUAACUCUUCCUGAGUGCCAUGAGGUGCUGCGCCCUGAAGCUAAUGGCCAUCAACGGGGGAGCUACACUUGAAGCCAGCUUUGUGUAACAACUGUUUCCUGAAGACAUGCUGACUUUCUGCAAGGCAUUGGUCCCCUUCUUCUCUAUGAGAUGUAGAACUGUUGAUGCUCCAAUCCUGUCUGUUCAUAGCAGCUCUCUGGAAGUAAUAGCAGCUGACAAGAGGCAAUGGAAAAAGACAUGGAAAGUUCUGGGAACAGAAAAUAUUUUUACCCUUUUUUAUACAAUUUGCUUUGUAAAAAAUCCUAUUUAACAGUUAUUUAAUAAAACACAGUAUUUUUAGAAACUAAAAA